AUGGCAGAACCCAUGAUGGAAAUGGUGAGCUCAAUGUUGAAUUACUUGUUCACCCCAACUGGUAUUUUCUGUGUCCUAAACCUCAUGAUUGGAACCAUUUACAUCACCUCACGAAUUAGUAAACUCCACCACGGCAAUGGCGGAGGAGGUGGAGGUACGGCCAACCACUACCCGGCGGCGGCGCCUCCUCCUCCUCGGCAGCAGCAGCUCGCCAGAGCUCCUUCGCUUCUUGAUCGGCCACAAGAGCCAGAAGUUGAAGAAGAGCCGGAAGUGCACCACCACGAUGAUGAUCGUCGGGUUGCGAUGGGACGAAGUAAGUCUGCGACGGCGGCGGCGGCGGCGGCGUACAUGGAGGCUCCGGCGGAGAGGAUGAGGAAGUCCGCCAGCGAGAAGGCGGUGGUGGAGCAGGAGAAGCCGAAGGGUGUGGUCGGCGAUGGUCGAACGACGGCGGCGGUUGGGGAGGAUGAAGCUGUGGAUGAGAGAGCCGACGACUUCAUCAACCGAUUCAGGCAACAGUUGAAAUUGCAGAGGUUGGAUUCCAUUCUGAGGUAUAAGGAAAUGUUGAGUAGAGGGGCCGGCCGGUAG